AUGGAUGGUCUGAAUCAAAAGGCUCUUGAAGAUAAAUGGUUUAGCAGUGUGUUAAGCAAAAAAAGAUCAGCAGAAGCAAGACUUCAUCGUAAACGUCAACUUCAAUCCAAGAGAGCAAAGAAAUUGAAUGGACUGCAGAAGGAGAAUGUAGGAAAGACUACCCCAAUUAGUAGUCAUGAUAAUGCUCAUGCAAGAAUUCCAUUUUCUACCAUCUCUCAGAACAUUCCAAGUUCCAGCAAUUCGGUUAUAACAACUUUGCAGAAAACUCAUGCUUCCUCAGUGAUCAGCAGUCUUGCAAAUUCGUUGAAUAAAAAACGUCCAAGAGUGGUUACAUGCAGAAACAUCAAUAUGAGAGGGACGAAUUUAAAGAAUAGAUUUGAUAACGUUGUUGGUGAAUGUGGUUCUACAUCUUCAAAAAACUCUCCAUUACAUACUAUUGAAAUCAAUGAACUUUUUGAAGAUGACAACGAAGAGGAUAAUAUGCAUGAUGAUUCGUCAGAGAGUUGGAGUUCAGACGACAGCAUGGUUAUGGACGAAGAUGAAGAAGAUAUGGACAAUCAAGCUGUAAUGGUCAAUGCACUACCAUCAGGAGAUUUUUACGACAUAGGUGAUCCAGUGUUUGAAUGUCCAAAAUGUGGUGCAAACAUGUGGUAUUUAGAAAGGAAGACCAAGUGUCGGCAAACAUUAAGUCCUAAGUUCACAAUGUGUUGCGGGGAUGGUAAAGUUCAAAUUCCUCUGUUGAGAGAACCUCCACCGGUGUUACAGAAACUGCUGUUUGACCAAACAAACCCUGAAUCAAAACUAUUUCAACAACAAAUACGUCUUUUCAACAUGAUGUUUGCAUUUACGUCUCCGGGUGCUAAAAUGGACAACCGUUUUAACAAUGGUAGAGGUCCUCCAAAUUACCGAAUUCAAGGACAAUCAUGUCAUCGUAUAGGUAGCAUGUUACCAUUGCCAGGACAAAAUCCCCGAUUUGCACAACUCUAUAUAUAUGAUACUGAACAUGAAAUACAGCAUAGAGUAAACGGAUUCAAGACAAAAGACGGAAUAGAUCUUGACAUAGUGAAAAAACUCUCUUCUAUGUUAUAUCAACACAAUGUUCAUGCCCAGAGUUUUAAGAUGGCAAGGGAUAUACUUUCCGAAGGCAAUGUUUCUGACCUAAAGCUCCGUCUUAUUUCCGAGCGACGCACCGAUGGAAGAAUUUAUAAUCAACCAACUGUUUCUGAAGUUGCUGCUCUAAUUGUUGGUGAUGUUGACACUGCUGAGAAGAGGGACAUAAUAAUGCACAAACAGACUGGACAACUUCAAAGAAUAGAUGAAUACCAUACAUCAUAUUUGGGAUUUCAAUAUCCAUUGCUUUUCCCUUAUGGCGAAGAUGGUUACAGGCCGAACAUUAGACAUCGUAAUCAAGAUUCCAACAAUAGACGUAACUCAGAAUCAAUGACUGGAGUAGCCGACAACGAGGAUGUUCCGUGGGAGCAAACAAAUAAAAGAAAUAGACUCACAAUUAGAGAGUGGUUUGCAUUUCGUAUUCAAGCCAGAAAGAAUGAGGCCCAAACGGUUAUCAGAUCAAGAAGGUUAUUUCAACAGUUUUUGGUUGAUGGUUAUACAAUGAUGGAAUCUGAGAGACUUCGAUGGUUAAGAAAAAAUCAAUCUAAACUUCGGGUUGGAAAGUAUAACUAUCUAACAGAUAUCAGAACCAAUGGACAUACCGAUGGUGCAAACACAGGGAAAAGAGUUGUCCUUCCAUCGUCCUAUGUUGGUAGUCGCAGAUACAUGGAUCAACUUUACUUUGAUGGAAUGGCAAUAUGUAGUUAUGUUGGAUUUCCCGAUCUAUUCAUAACGUUUACGUGUAAUCCAAACUGGCCGGAAUUGAAACGUGUACUUGCUUCUAAUAAUUUGACACCAGCAGAUCGGCCGGACCUCAUCACGAGAAUAUUUAAGAUGAAAUUCGAUGAGUUACUGUCAGAUUUGACAAAAAAAAGUUGUAUGGGCAAAGUUCUUGCGUAUAUGUACACAAUUGAGUUUCAGAAAAAAGGCCUUCCCCACGCUCAUAUUUUGAUAUUUCUACAUCCAUCCAGCAAAUAUCCAACACCUGCUGAUAUUGACCGUAUUAUAUCUGCCGAAAUUCCGAACAAGGACACCGACGGAGACUUAUAUAACUUGGUAAAAAGUCACAUGAUUCACGGACCAUGCGGAAACGCAAACCGGUCUUUGCAAUGCAUGAAGGAUGGUAAAUGUUCCAAAUACUUUCCUAAAGACUUUCGGGCUGAGACAGUCGUCGAUCAAGAUGGUUAUCCGGUUUACAGAAGAAGGGACAACGGUCACACUGUCAUUAGGAAUGGUAUAGAGGUUGACAAUAGAUUUGUUGUUCCUUACAAUGCAAAAUUGUUGUUGAAGUUCAGAACUCAUAUUAAUAUGGAAUGGUGCAAUCAAAGCACAUCCAUAAAAUAUUUGUUUAAAUACAUCAACAAAGGCUAUGAUCGAAUAACUGCUGCAAUUGUCAUGAAUGAAAAUGGAUGUCCUAUUGAGCGUCAAGAUGUUGAUGAAAUCAAGCAGUAUAUUGACUGUAGGUAUGUUUCUCCAAGUGAAGCAUCUUGGAGGAUUUAUGGUUUCCCCAUUCAUGGAAGGAAACCAGCUGUGGAAAGAUUACACUUCCAUUGCGAAGGUCAACAUUCAGUCUACUAUACUGACAUCAGCAAUGUUUCCAAUGUCCUUGAGAAACCAAGUGUAACUGAAUCGAUGUUUACGGCAUGGUUUGAAGCUAAUCAGAAAUACACCGAAGCUCAAUAG